AUACUUUAAUUCGGUUUCGAGUUUUAUCCUUUCUUCUCCGUCCAAUCUCGGCAGUCUCAACCAACUCUUUUACUCAUCUUCCUUUUCAAUUCACCUUCGCGCUAUUUCUAUAGGAUUUCCCUGAAAUUCACGCCAUCUUCUGUUCUCUCCACCUUUCGAUCUUGCGUUUUCCUUCGAUUUUGGACUGUUUUUUUUUUCUGUAAAUGCUCGUCGGAAUUGAGCUGGUUGAGAGGGAGGUUACGAGCUGAAUUUAUAUGGAAAACGGCGUUUGUGACAACGGCGUGUGCUCUUCAGAGUCGGUGAAUGGAGGCCAAGACGUUUGGAGCUCUAAGGAGAGUGAUUCUCUCUCCGCCGAUCAUCUUGUUGUGAUGGUCAAUGGCAUAAUGGGGAGUUCCACAGAUUGGCGGUAUGCAGCAGAGCAGUUUGUUAAAAGACUUCCUGACAAGAUUUUUGUUCAUUGUAGUGAGCGAAAUGUAUCUAAAUUGACGCUAGAUGGCGUCGAUGUGAUGGGUGAUCGAUUGGCUGAAGAGGUUCUUGAAGUGAUUCAAAGGAAGCCUAAUCUACAGAAGAUUUCCUUUGUUGCACAUUCCGUGGGAGGAUUAGUAGCAAGACAUGCCAUUGGAAAACUAUAUAGACCCGCUGAGACUAAGAAAUUAGAGGCUUCAUCCACAAAUGGACAACCACAAGAGUCGUCUGGUACAAUAGGUGGCUUGGAGCCUGUGAACUUCGUCACUGUUGCCACCCCGCACCUUGGUUCAAGGGGUAAUAAGCAGGUUCCAUUUCUUUUUGGCUUAGCUGCUAUUGAGAAACUUGCGAGCUUGAUUAUCCAUUGGAUACUUAGAAGAACAGGUGAACACCUUUUUAUGACUGAUGAUGAUGGAGGAAAACCUCCACUUGUUCAACGCAUGAUAGAAGACCAAGGCGAAUACUACUUCAUGUCUGCGUUGAUGUCAUUCAAACGUAGGGUUGUCUAUUCUAAUGUUGACUAUGACCAUUUUGUUGGUUGGAGAACAUCAUCAAUUAGACGUAUAAGCGAGUUGCCAAAGUGGGAAGAUGCGGUCAACGAAAAGUAUCCGCAUGUUGUUUAUGAAGAAUCCUGCAAGGGUACUAAUUCUGAGACGAGUGAACCGACCUCAACAGAAGUUAGCUAUCCUGAAAGGCUGGAAGAGGAAUUGGUGACGGGUCUCUCUCGUCUGUCAUGGGAAAAAGUAGAUGUUUGCUUUCAUAAAUCAAGACAUAGGCUUGCAGCUCACAGCAUUAUUCAGGUGAAAGAUCACACUGCGCAUAUAGAAGGUGCUGAUGUCAUAAAUCACAUAAUCGAUCAUUUUCAAACUUGAACUUCUAACGUCCUAAACCACAAUUACAUUCUAGAGAUCCCGUUUAUCCUCGGUUGGGAUGCUUAGCACUCGUGACGACUCGGUUCUACGGAACUUAUGAUUAAAAAUUUUAAUGACGUCGCUUCAUCCACUAUAUUGUAAAUUGUACAUGCAUAGAUAUACUAAAAUUAUGAAGUAAUCAAAGCUAUUAUAAUAAUAACUGAUUUAGUUAAAAGGUUGCUAGAG